CAUAGAAACUUUCCGUUAAAGUCAAAUAUUGACAAUUUGUACAUUUUUUUAUACACCGCGUAUUUACAACGAUUUAUUAUUAAGAGAUUUAACAUGGAAGAACCUUCGUUGAAGGCCUAUUCGGACGAGUCCGUGUUAUUGACAAACUUUCAGUUGAACGUGAUCAUUUCGAGUGCCAUAUUAAUUUUGGUACCCUUAAUUUAUAAGCUUAGAAGAGUAAGUCAAUCGGAGACGAAGGACGCGGGAAUAAUCUAUAAUAAAGAGUGCCCGAUUUGUUUUAAUUUGUUCCAAUUUCCCAUCAAGUCGCAUUGCGGGCACGUGUACUGCAUGGAUUGCAUUUACACCUACUGGAAGACUUUGGCUUGGGAAGCAUCGUGUCCUUUGUGCAGGCAAUUGCUGCAGCAACUCCAAAUCAUAGAAAUCGAGAAUUAUUCGAAAGUGAUUCAAAAGAAAUUGAUGAAACAAGUUAAGGAAAUCUCGUCGGUACAAAAUGCGAAGUUGAAACUCUUAUCGAUAUCCGCUCUGGGUUACAUAUACGGCAUACUAAUAGCGCUUUUAUGGAAUCUAUUGCUUAUUAACAAGGAUAAAUUAUUGAAAUGGUUCUUUUACGUUAAAUCCCUCUAGACACGGCCUAUCGAAAACGCGAUACCAGCAUCUUAUAACAGAAAUAGAAGUAAGCAGAAUUAAAUUACAAUAAGUUAUUGCAUUUUUAUAACAUUGUUCGAUUAAAUCCAUACUCACAUUAGCCUCGGCGCCGACGUUUAC